AUGGUAAGCAGGGCAGGGGGCGAACCCACAAACGAGCAAGUGGUUGCAAACACUUAUGCAAACAUGGGCACUGAAAUGAACCAGCUCUACACCAAGAUCACGGAGCUGGAAAUGGAAGUCAGUGAGCACUCUCUUGUGCUUGGCGCCAUAGAGCCCCUGGACCCCAUGAGGCGGUGCUACAGAAUGAUUGGUGGAGUCUUGGUUGAAAGGACCAUCAAGGAAGUGCUGCCCGCGGUGCACCGGAACAAGGAGGGCCUUGAAGAGGUGGUGGCUCGCAUGAAGGAGGCUCUGGAGACGAAGAAGAAAGAGAUGACCGAGUUUGAGCUCAAGUACAAGAUCAGGAACCGGAAGGGGGGCGAAAGCGGUGCCGAGGAAGGCAGCAUGAAGGAAGCCUCUGCUCAGCGUGUUCUUGUUGGCCCUGCAGAUUUUGCGCAGGUUGUGGCAUGA